AUGGAGACAAAUAUUCUGACAAAGGAGUCGGAUGUAUAUUCGUUUGCGGUGGUUUUGUUUGAAGUCCUUUGUGGGAGGCUUUGCAUUGGGAAACCUGAUGAGGAGCCUCACUUGUUGACAGAAAUAGCAAAACGCAGCUAUGAGAAAGGAACACUUGAUGACAUUAUUUUCAAUGGUCUACAUCAACAAAUGGAACCAAAAUCUUUAAAAACCUUUUCUUCAGUUGCUUAUCGUUGUUUGAAAAGAGAGCGUGAAGAACACCCGACCAUGGUUCAAGUGUUUGAAGAACUUGAGCUUGCACUUGAAUAUCAGGCAAGUAUAGCAUUGCUUCUCCUUUAUCUGUUUUCCUAA